UCACGUUUUAUUUCUAUCCUCAUCUGAUAGACAUGAAGUUCCUUACGGGUUGCAUUUUGCUGUUUAUUGCCUCUGCUUUGGCCCAAGAUGAUGGUAAUAAUGUCAAUCAUAAUAUAAUCAAUAUUGACAAAUUCUAAAUUAUUGUGAGGCCAAAAGGAUUCAAUAAAAUGUGUACCUUUAUGAUGUA